AUGUGCCCAGGGAUUUUCGUGACUUACGCCGAUGAUUUCCUGGUAUAUACACUUGGAAACAACCAUGAAGGCAUUAAGUUUGCCUCAGAAGGUUUCACAGCACUUGCGCAUCCUUCAACAUUAGAGGUAGGCGUUGGACAUGGAGUGUAUGUGUUUGAUAAAGUCGACCUCAUAGAUCCGAGAAUUCCACUGCAGCGCUGUAACUGCAAUCGUGUAUUACAGAAACCCAGCAUAGAAAUAAUGAUUAAAAAUGGCGCAGUUUUGGAAAAUGAGAAUAUGAACUUUGCUGAAGGAAUUAAAAUUGAGGGAAAGGCUGCUUACACUGAUAGUUCGUUUUUCUUUGCUCAGGAUGUAACGAAAUUGCUGUCAAACUUUCUCAAAGCCAAUGGCCCCAUCCAAGGCGAAAUUGAUGCAUAUGGGGAUUUCCUUCAGACUCUGGGACCAGGGUCCACAAAUGAGUACACCAGCAAUAUGGCAAACGUCAGCGCUUGCACUCCAAAGCUGGAGGAAACAAGAGACUGCAUAUACACGCUUCUGAAAGGAACCCCAUUAGUGUUAAUGGUCAUGAAUGCAUCCAAGUUCAUCCACAUCGGGACAACCAAAGAAUACAUUGAACACUUCUGCUGUGAUGCCGAAUUUCAAGGAGAACUGGGCCUUGGGAAAGAUGUGUUUAAUUUGUGGAUAGAAUGGCAGAGUGGAGACAAUCUUAAUGACCAAUGUCACGGAGAUGAAGCUCUACCAAUCAAGAAGUGUAGAUUGUCUGACACAUCUUUAGGUUGUGUAAUGCAUAGCCGACUUCCACUGAGCUCCUUUGUUGCUCGCACAGCCGUUGUAGAGUACUGCAAGUUUCUUAUUCCAGUAACAGUAGGACAAAACUGUAUUCUAAGCAACUGUGAGUUCACUUCUCUAAGUGCAUCAGAAAUGAAACACAUAGGAAUUUCAGACGAGGAUUUGCCUAAGGAGUGUAUAACUAUCCCUCCCAAUGUGUUCUUGCGCACUGUCCCUGUACACAUUGGUAACAAAACUCAGUUUGUGACUGUCUUCUUUGAUAUAAAGGAGAACUUGAAGAAAUCCACAGAUAGUAAUGACGUACAAAAUCUGCCUUUUCUUGGAAAGGUUAUCAGCGACUUUGCUCGAGUGACAAAUGCUAACAUUUCAAGUGAUGCUCCUGACAUGAGUGAUGGUAAAUCCAAAGUAAAUGUGUGGUUCUCCAGCCUGUUUACAGCUGCCGCCACACCUAGCAAGUCUUUCAUUUUGGCGCUUUUUUGCAUAAAAGCACUGAAAACAGAUGAUGAUUCUGUAGUUUCCUUGGAGGAAAAAUCUCUCUUCUCCAUGGCAUCUCUGCUGAAGACCAAAGAUGUUCAUGAAAUGCUGAAAAAAAGGAAUGAUCUUUACCAAGAUAUUAAGCAAGGAUUCUGUUGA